AGUGUCGAACUUGAUUUCUUUUGUACUGUCGUCGUAUAGAAAAGGAGAUGCACUUUUGAUUGAAAUAUAAAUUAAAUUGAAUUGUUGGAUUGGUGCGACGAUUUAAACGGAAAAUAAUUUAAGAAUAUUCAAUCAGUCACGUGACGUUUAAGAUGCAUUUGAGGUGCUGACUAAUAAACAGAAAACACGAUAACACCUGCAAACACCGGGUUGACAACAUUGCUGCACGUCUAACGUUAGAGGAAUGUUAGAGCAAAUAAUCAGUUUAACACAAAAUUUGACGACAGCAGACGUUGAUAAUUUUAAAAGUGAAAUUGACAAAUUUUUACUGAAUAUGUGGCCCCGAAACGAUGGUACAUUUGUUACACCUCAUGGUCAGCAAGUACCCCAACAAAUUGCUAAGCAACCAGGUGCCAUUCCCUCGUCAUCAGACGUUGCCCGAGUGAAAAACGGUGAUAAUUCGAAUGUAAACCCAUCAAAUGGAGCAUUCGAUCCGGACGACGAAAUCGAUUAUUCGGAUUCUGAAUUUGAUGAGGAUUGUUCCGAAUUCGAUGAAGAUGAUUCGGAGCUGGAAAAUGAGGCAAUUCUUGCCAGUCAUCUCAUGCAAAUGCAACACCAGGCCAAUAUGUACGCCCCCAAUGCUUUGGCAAAUGUUAGCAGUGCAGCACAUGAUGCCAGUCAUUAUAGUGCCUUAAAUGCAUUGAGUCAACUCAGCACUUCAGUUGCCCCCAAUUAUGGCAUGCAAGGCCAGAAUGUUGACCCGGCUAAUCAUAGCGCUGUAAUAGCUGCACUGAGUCAACUAUCCGGAGCACCUGCGUACAUGCAAAAUCAGCAGAAAGUCAAGGACCCUAAUCAGAAUGCUGCAAAUGCAAUGGGACAAAUGGGUGUUUCAAUGGCACACUGGCAGCAGGCCCAGGCCCAAGCUCAGGCCCAACAAGCAAUGCAUGCAGCUUAUAUGCAACAAAGUCAGGCCUACGCAGCAAAUGGCCAUAAAAGUGGUGAUCAAAAUUGCAACAAUAACAAAGAUGACUCAAGAAGCGAUAUUAAGAAGGAGGUAGUGAAGGCCAUACCAAACAACGUCAGAAACAGUACCAGUACACCCAAUCGCAUGUCGUCAUCAAAAGGUGGUGGUACAAUCCGACCACGAGUUCCACCGUAUCGAUGUCGAAACGAGACAGGGGUCGAUUUGUUCCAACUUCGAAGAAGGGAAUUUGAGGAAACAUUUACAACAGAAGAUGAUAGUGCUUCUUCGUCGCCAAUCAAAGACCUCACAGCAAAGCUGAAACAUUUAAAAAUUCUGAAACUGUUUCGUCGCAAUAAAACUUCGAGAGAGAAUUUAGUUACCAUCUCGUCCAUCAACCCAGAUUUACCAAGUCUACGCGAUGCAGGCAACUGUAUCGAAACUAAUCAAGACGAAGGGAAGAGCCAACUGCAGAAAAUUUCGGAAGUUUUAUUGAAACCAUCGGAGAAGGGUUCCAUUUGGACGAACACUGAACACGAUACGGAUAAUCAGAACAAUAUGAUAGUCAAUCGGUCAUCAUCUUAUGAGAAAUCCAUUCAAGCGUUUCUCUUCAGAUCAAACUUUCCGGAGCAUUUCUUAGCCAUACGCCUCUUACAAUUGAGCAUAGAGGACGUUCAGCAGCUCAUACGGCAAAUUGAUUUACUAGAAAAUGUCCAAGACAAAUUGACCGAAACAGUUCGUACCGAAUCACUGAGCGGACCAGCUUUAAUGUCGUGCGACUUGAAUGAACUGAAGAAGUCACUGGAUCUGAACCUGGGACACUGGACAAUUUUUGAGCAAUUGAUCACUGGCCUGCGCAACAUACAAUACGACGAAUUUUUAAAAUUGAACAUUGAAAAGCAGAUAAAAAUUUCGCAAGAAUUCCACGAUAAUGCCCUCGACGGUCCCAAUAGUCGAUGUUCGAGCUUGUCCAGCGAAUCACAAACGCAGCCGAUCGCAGAUGCGAGAAAGAAGGACAUCAAUGAAGAUGUAAAAGCAUCAUUGGGUGUCAAGUCUCAGAACGGCAGUCAAACAGUUCUGCAUUAAGAUGAAGGAAUUCAUCCGCCAUUAUUAAGCCAUCACCGGAUUAUUGUACAUUAAGAGAUAUAUAGUUACUAUAAAAGAUUGGAAAAAUGAAUUUGUUGCCAUAAGAGAGAAGGUUUUACCAGGAAAAUUGAGAAUAAAAUUAUAGAAUGAAA